AUGAGCACAUCCAGGCGUCAGACCGGCCCAGACAAAGAUGGCCAGAUGGUGCGGGCCCGAGGUGGGACCGAGGCGAGACCGAGGCGAGACCGAGGCGAGACCGAGGCGAGACCGAGGCGGGACCGAGGCGAGACCGCAGCUCAGCGUCAGACCGGCCCAGACAAAGAUGGCCAGAUGGUGCGGGCCCGAGGUGGGACCGAGGCGAGACCGAGGCGAGACCGAGGCGAGACCGAGGCGAGACCGAGGCGAGACCGAGGCGGGACCGAGGCGAGACCGCAGCUCAGUCCUGGGUGCGUUGAAAGUGUAAACAAAGCUUAG